UGUAUAACUAGUGCCCAAUUGAAUUUCGAACAGUGAUGCCAUUUAUAGCGUAAAUAUCGUGCAAUAUAAUAAUAUUUUCUAAUGUUAUUACUGCAAAAAAAAGAACUUAUAAAUAGAUACCGCCCCAUAUAUAUUCGUGGUAAAUGUUCAGGGCAAUUUCGUAAAUUGGAAUUAAAAACACGAAUUUUAAGACAUUUCCCGUAAAAAUUGGUGAACGUUUUCGGAAAAGCCACUCUCCUGAACAUUUACCCGAAAACCAACUUUUAAAAUUCUAUAUUAAUAUAUGUAUAAUGUCCAGUAAUCAAGGAAAAUCUAUCAACAUUAUUAAAAAGAACAUUUCUCGAAAGUAUGAAGUUAAUCCUAACUUGAAAUUAAAAUGUGUAAAAAAUGGCACGGAUCGAAUCAAUCAUAUAGAGCUGGUAAAAGAGAAAGUUAAUAUUUGUUCUAAUGAAAGACAAUAUAAAACACCUCAAAUGAAUACUAUUUUGCGUGAAGUUAAUCAAAUUGAAAACGUUCAGUCUUUGCGCCCACAAGUAUUUAAAAAGGACAUCGAUUUAACACCACGAUCAAAAGCUGUAAUUGCUCCCAAGAUCACUCAAAGGCUCAACUUUAACACAGACCAAGUGGUGUUUAAAAAUCUUACACCAAUUAAUGUUAACGACACAAUAUUGAUUCAGAAGCAGUGCAGCGCAAAUCCCAAUAAAUACAAAAAGACUAACAAAACACCAUCGCCGGAUCUCUGUCAUUGGCUCAAUACUAUACCACCGUUGAAACACGAAAUACCCGAACCAGAAAUUGCUUUAGAGUUUUGUGACAUUGAAAUCGAUCCAUUUGAAAGUUAUCUUCAAUUGAUAAAUUGAUAUUUUUUAUUAUUUA